CCAGAAUAACGGGAAUCAAUCACCCACUCAUCAAAAGGGGGAGGGGGGGGGAUUUCGAGCGUGCAUCAACAAUCACAGACUUCGAGUAUUGCUGAAGCCUGAAAAAUUAAACUACUGUAGCAUCACAUCACAGAAACAMUCGAACUGUUGACACGAACUGUCAUCAAACGAGGUCAAUACCGAUAGUGACAACGGCAAAGAACAAAUCCAAUUAAUACGGCAAAAAAAGAGAACAUUAGUGGGCAAAGCGGUCUUUUUUCUCGCCACGCAGAAAAGCAGGUACUUCGUAAUACAUUUUUGUUUGAGGMAUGGGAUUCUUGCUACUUUCCGUAGAAUACCCCUCCGAGAGCGACAAAAAAAGAUUUCUCAGAACGGCCGGUCCCCACUCCGGUUUUACAUCCCCUAUCCAUGGUUUCUUAGCGGCAUCGGCGACUGACGAUCAGUGGCGGAGCGUCCUGAAAGCAAUCCGCGAAAAUGCCGAAGMGUUGUCGUUUUUGGACGACGUACCACCGCAACCGCGUCCACUGAGACCGAACGACGACAAUUACCAGGUCAGAUACGAACAAAGUAGCAAUUCGAAUCUGGAUAUGCUUCGAUUUGCUUCGAUCGCUUUACAUUUCCCAUCAAGAUUUCUAACGAUGACACUUCCUGUUCGCCCUCUAUGCAACAUACUAUACUAUUGAUCUAUCGAUCAAACAAAUGUUCCACUCGAUAUGCAAAACAGGCUUUCAGUGGAACAAAGUGGAAGCCCGAGGUAUUGGUCCGAGCAGCAUCCUCUCCAUUGCAUCCAGCUCUAUUUGCCCUUAUGAACCGGGAUGAUGAGAGCACCCCAUACCCACGCUUUGGUCRCUGUGCAAACUGCACAAACCGAACGCCCCAAAUGAACCGGUGCGGCCGCUGCAAACUUGUGAGGUACUGCUCGAGGGCUUGCCAGUCCGCGCACUGGAAGAAGGUGCACAAGACGAGCUGUGUAAAGGCCCAGCCGUUCUCGUUAUACAAAAGCAUGAACGGGAACGAUGGAUUCCACGUGUCAUCGGACGAAUGCAGGUGGCUCCAGGCGGCGUUGUCACGGGAUCCAAACACUAGUAGCGACAACGUGCUUCAAUGCUUUCGGGCAUACUUUGGUGUCGCAGGGGACCUCGGGGGCUGCUUCGUGUUGUAGAGGGAUAUAGUACAACUAGUGGUGUCUUGGGUUCUAUGACAGCUGCUACAGCUAGUAGUACCGGUAGGAUCUAUUAACGUCAUCAUUCUUAAGUUCUUUUGCCCCCCGUCACAUCGUCCCUUUUCUGCUCCUUCAAUUUCGCGAAACCGCUUGAGUAUUUGUA